CUAGGUCAACACGCAUAAAGCAACUAAGCGUAUCUAGUUGGCACUUUGAAAUCCGCUGCUUCGUUUCGCUAAACUUCCGCGAAUUCCACGAUUCCCUCCCCGAAUCGCGAUUCUCCGCACAGUGAAAUCAAUUAAGUCACCAUAUGCUCCUGAUACGGUGCCAUCGAAAUUUUGAGAUUUGGUUGUUGUGAGAUUCAACGAUAACAUGAAUCUAGAGGAGUACCGUCAACAUGGAAAAGAAGUGGUGGACUACAUCGCCGAUUAUCUGGAGAACAUUAGAUCUCGCCGCGUUUACCCGGCUGUUUCUCCGGGUUACCUGAGAAACAUUCUACCCUCGUCCGCCCCUGUGGAUGGUGAACCUUGGGAAAAUAUAUUUGCAGACAUCGAAAAGUGCAUCAUGCCUGGAAUAACGCAUUGGCAAAGCCCUCAUAUGCAUGCCUAUUUCCCAGCCCUAAAUUCACCUGCUAGUUUAUUAGCCGAUAUGCUGGCCGAUGCUAUCAAUUGUCUUGGCUUCACUUGGGCUUCUAGCCCUGCGUGUACGGAACUGGAGACGAUCGUAAUGAAUUGGCUCGGUAAAAUGAUCGGUCUACCAGAAGAAUUUCUACAUCGUCCAGGAGGAUCCGGAGGUGGUGGCGUGAUACAAACAACCGCAUCAGAAGCUACCCUAGUUUGCUUACUGGCAGCAAGAACUCGAGCCAUUAGAGACGUUCAACAAAAUGAGCCUGAUCGUUUACCAGCUGAGAUUAAUUCGCGUCUUGUCGGAUACUGUUCCGAUCAAGCUCACUCUAGCGUGGAAAAAGCUGGACUGAUUGGUUUGGUACGAAUGAGAUACAUCGAAGCGGAUGAUGAACUUAGUAUGAGAGGAGAGGCAUUACUCGAAGCGAUAACUCGAGAUAGAGCUGAAGGUUUACUUCCAUUUUUCGUGUGUGCUACAUUGGGUACAACCGGUGCAUGUGCCUUCGAUAAUUUGAAAGAAGUUGGCCAAGUGUGUCAACAAAAUGGAUUGUGGUUGCACGCGGAUGCAGCAUAUGCAGGCAGUGCAUUCGUAUGCCCCGAAUUCCGCGGUUGGCUUCAAGGAAUAGAAUACGUCGAUUCAAUUGCAUUUAAUCCUAGCAAAUGGCUGAUGGUGCAUUUCGAUUGCACCGCAAUGUGGGUGAAAAGUAGCCAAGCACUUCAUAGAACCUUUAACGUAGAUCCAUUGUAUUUAAAGCACGAAAAUUCAGGACUUGCCAUCGAUUACAUGCACUGGCAAAUCCCAUUGUCAAAGAGAUUCAGAGCCUUGAAACUAUGGUUCGUCAUUAGAAACUUUGGAAUCACCGGCCUUCAAAAGCAUAUUCGCGAGGGCGUUAGAUUGGCACAAAAAUUCGAAGCAUUGGUAUUAGCCGACGCACGAUUCGAAAUUCCUGCAGCGAGACAUUUGGGAUUGGUCGUGUUUCGUCUUCGCGGAGAAAAUAGUUUAACCGAGUGUUUAUUAAAAAAGAUAAACUCGAGAGGUCGAGUGCAUUGUGUGCCAGCUGCUUUACACGGAAAAUACGUGAUUAGAUUCACCGUAACCUCAACCAACACUACUAACGAGGAUAUCUUAAGAGACUGGGCUGAAAUACGAAAUACAGCAAACGAAAUUCUAGGAGACACUUCUGGUUCUCCUGUACGAACUAAAGUUCCACUAGCAGAAAGCAGAGAUACUCGAGAAAAGAAUGAAAAUUUUGGCUCGAGUCUGUUGCUAGCUAAUUCACCAAUGUCACCGAAAAUCGUGAACGGUAGCUUUGCUGCUAUUUACGAUACAGCAGAUGUGUUUGAAGAAUGUACUAAGGCGUUCGGUCACCUGAGACUCGAGGCUCGAGACAGUCCAGCUAUGCGUCGUCGAAUUCGAGGGAUACUCAUGUCAGGAAAGCAAUUCUCUUUAGAUUCACGUAUGGACCUUGUACAGGGAUACGCUUGUUGCCGUCCAGCCAUAGAAAUGUCCUCUGAAUUUCCAUUAAAGGAAGACGAAGAUCCUUCUUGCAGCGGUGAAACCGGAUCCGAUACCAACCAUUCUACUAAUGAUACUUCUGCUGAAUGCUCUGCGUUUCAAUUAGAAGAGCAAAAUACCGAGAAAACGGACAAAUCAUUGAAAAGGCAAUCUUCUAAAUGCCGUUCAAAUUACGGAGUAGUAAAUGGCUCUCAAGAUUAUUCGAACGAUUUAACGUCCAUAAUUCCAACAGAAGUGAGUCUGCCCAGAAGUGAAACAAUAGGUGCGAUCGGUCAUCGUCCAUACACCGGUGAUUUAUCAACGAUGCACGAUCAACAUGAAAAUCCCGAUAAGAAGAAGGAGGACGAGGAGGACGUUAUCUGUAAAGAAUGCGGCCAUUGUAUGAAGAAAGAAUAA